GCUCCCAUGUGGCAAAUCAAAACGGGUGCAACCAGCUUCAGAGAAAACGAAAGUCUAGAAACAGACUUGGGGACUUUGGUGUUGCUACCUCGUGGCACGUGCAGACAUACAGUAGCCUACCGGAGUGUCUCAUUUAAAGGAAUGUGAACUGCUUAGGCCUACUCGUGACUGUAUUUCAUUGUCAGGUGGGCUAUAGCUAGCUAUCCUAGACUCAAAAAUGAACGUGACAAAUGCACUUUAAUCUUUAUCAAGGGAAGUGUAGUUAGCUCCUGACCGUCACCGUGUUGAAAGCUGCAUCAACUCACUCCCCGCCCCUAUGUGCCAAUAAGACGGACCUAAGUUCCUGCUAGAGGACAUCGCAGCACAGAGCGGCCUCAGGUAACAAUUACCAGGUCUUUGGACUAUGGAUGGAGCAUCACCAGAGAAACAUGAAGCAGCUGUCGCUUGGUUUUCUGGGUAUCAGCUGGGUUAUAUUCUGAAGAAUGGAAUCAUUCCAGACUGGUUCCAUGGCAUUAUAACCAGAAAGGCUGCAGAGGAUCUUCUGUCUCCCAAACCACCAGGAUACUUUCUAAUCAGAGUCAGUGAGAGCAGAAUUGGAUACACUCUGUCAUAUCAAGCUCAUGACCGUUGCAGGCACUUUAUGAUCGAUGUUCUGCCAGAAAAUCACUACAUGAUUGUGGGAGAGAGCGUUCGCCACAAGUCUCUACAGGAUCUAGUUGCUUAUUAUCGCAGGGUUCCUAUUCUUCCUUUCAAUGAAUUAAUUACAGUUGCUUGUGGUCAGGCAUCAAAGAACAAGGUUGAUUAUGCAGAACUUCUCUUUGCCAAGAAUCGUCAUCCGACACAUGGCCCCGGUGCAGUGUCACCAAGCCCCCCUCAGUGGAACAGUAAUGUUUCACCAUCCGCAGCUGAGGACAUUCCACCAGCGCUACCUUACCGGUCAACCACAAUUAACAAUGACACCCCAAAUCAGAGUACAAAUGCAUCUCCUGUCCCUGCCUCAUGUGGCCCCCCUCGACUUGGCCUUUACCCCUGUCUUGAGGCUGAACUGGGGGCACUAAGUGCCCAGAUUGUGGUUCAAGAUGCAAAGCCUGUGCCAUUACCCAGGAAAAGACAUUGUGUCAACAACAUACAAGUGGACCACCCACCAGAGCUACCUGCGCGGGACACCUUGGAUCCCAAAAUGGAGCAGCCAUGUACCAGAAUCAAUGGACUAGGCGACUCCAGGGCAGCAUGUAACGAAGGGCCACUGACUCAGCCUGGUACAAGUGUGGAUCUGCACCAACCUAAAGCACAAGAGGCAAAAUCUGUUAGCAACCUUACACAGUUAAGAAAGAAGUUUCAGAAGAUGAGAGGGGCCUCAGAAGAACAUACAUAUGCUGAGAUCAAUGACGUAGAUGUGCAAAGACUACCCCUCCCAGGUUUAGGAAGCAAAGAUGGAAACAAGACGGCUUCUGAAAAUGAAUAUGAAGAGCUUCCAGCCGAGUCCUCUGACAUUAAGCCCACAUCUCCUCCGAGCCUCUCCUCUGGUAGUGUAUCGAAAUCGGAGCAGUCACUGCCAUUAGAGUACCUACCACCACCACCUUUUGCCCCAGGAUAUUAAUGGGGGAACCUGCUGAUGUAAAUAGCCUAUAUAUCUGAUUGAACCAUUCUAUGAUCAGUCAGUGGUCAGAGUAGUCAUAUCUCAGAUAUAAAUCUCUUUCCGUGCCCCUCUUGAAUGUACAGUUAUGUUUUCUGUAUGGUGAAGCAUAUUAUUUUUUAAUUGUGGUAUUUAAAUAUAUAUUGUCUUUAUUAUCUGUAACUAAUAUGUCAGUAAGUAACAAUUUCUUACUGUCAUUGCUAUAGAAAUAGUAGAAUUAAGCUGUGACAACUGAAAUGAUUUAUUGUCUGUUUUACAUAAAGGAACUACAAAACUU